AUGUCUGUGGCUCUGAUCACACGUCGUGCUUUUGGAGCGUUUCCCCACGCCAGGAGCAUUUUUAGUGGGGGCAGACCGGGGUUAGUUUCUGGAUUCAGAAGGUUUCCACAACCCAUAAGAAGAAACAUCCACAGUAUUGAAGAGGUUCCAGCCACUUAUGAUGGAGAGAAGGUUAUUAUCGAUGAAGUUAAUACCAAGUUGAGUGACGGAGAGAAGGCCGCCAUUCGUCAGAUGAGAAACAUUGGGAUCUCAGCACACAUUGACUCGGGGAAGACUACGUUCACUGAGAGAGUUCUCUUUUACACUGGACGUAUUGAAGCCAUUCAUGAAGUUAGAGGACGUGAUUCCGUUGGUGCCAAGAUGGAUCAUAUGGAUUUGGAAAGGGAAAAAGGUAUCACCAUUCAAUCUGCUGCUACUUAUUGUAGUUGGGACAAGGACAAUAAAGCAUACCAUUUCAACUUGAUUGACACACCGGGGCAUAUUGAUUUCACCAUUGAAGUUGAAAGAGCCUUGAGAGUUUUAGAUGGUGCUGUGUUGGUUGUGUGUGCUGUAUCUGGAGUUCAAUCUCAAACUGUGACUGUUGAUAGACAGAUGAGAAGAUACAAUGUUCCUCGGAUUACCUUUGUUAACAAGAUGGAUAGAAUGGGAGCCAAUCCCUUCAGAGCCAUUGAACAGAUCAAUUCUAAGUUGAAGACUCCUGCCGCAGCUAUUCAAGUGCCCAUCGGAGCCGAGUCGGAGUUCCAAGGGGUCGUGAACAUCAUUGACAGACAAGCCGUUUACUUUGAAGGAUCACAAGGUGAGAACUUGCGUAUUGUUAGUGAGAUUCCUGAAGAUUUGGUUGAUUUGGUUGAAGAGAAACGUCAAGUGUUGAUUGAAACAUUAGCUGAUGUUGAUGAAGAAAUCGCCGACAUUUAUUUAGAGGGAGAAGAACCAACUGUUGACCAAAUUAAAGGGGCCAUCAGAAGAGCUACUAUUGGCAGAAAGUUCACUCCUGUUUUAAUGGGGUCUGCCUUGGCUAACAAGGGGAUCCAACCUGUUUUAGAUUCUGUGGUUGACUAUUUGCCUCAACCAAAUGAAGUUUUGAAUGUUGGAUUAGACGUGUCAGUUCCUGAAGUUGAAACGCCCGUGGCUUUAGUUCCCUCGUCGUCUCAACCCUUUGUGGGGUUGGCAUUCAAGUUGGAAGAAGGCAAAUACGGUCAAUUGACGUACAUUAGAGUGUACCAAGGUAAGUUGAAGAAGGGUGCUUAUAUGAAGCACUUGAAGUCCGGGAAAAAGGUCAAGUUGGCCAGAUUGGUUAGAAUGCACUCUAAAGAUAUGGAAGAUGUUGAAGAGGUUGGUGCCGGAGAGAUCUGUGCUACCUUUGGUAUUGAUUGUUCCUCUGGUGAUACCUUUGUUGCUGCUACACUGGACGAACAAGUGGCCAUGAGUUCUAUGUUUGUUCCUGAAGCUGUGAUCUCCUUGAGUAUCCAGCCCAAGUCCAAGGACAACGGUGCGUUUUCCAAGGCCUUGAACCGGUUCCAAAAGGAGGACCCCACGUUCCGAGUCAAGUUUGAUGUGGAGUCGAAGGAGACUAUCAUCAGUGGUAUGGGAGAAUUACAUUUAGAGAUCUACGUGGAAAGAAUGAAGAGAGAGUACGGCGUGGAAUGUAUCACUGGUAAACCUCAGGUUAGCUAUAGAGAAGCCAUUACUUCUGCCACCAAGUUUGACUAUGCACACAAGAAACAAUCUGGAGGUGCUGGUCAAUACGGACGUGUUAUUGGUGAGUUUGGACCAAUAGAGGGCGAGAAUAAGUUUACUCAUCACAUUGUGGGGGGUAAGAUCCCUGAGAAGUUUUUGUUUGCUUGUUCUAAGGGGUUCGAAGAUAUGUUGGAGAAGGGCCCUUUGAUUGGCCAUAAGGUCUUGGGGGUUCACAUGCACAUCAACGAUGGUCAAACACAUGUUGUUGAUUCAUCUGAAUUAUCAUUUAGAACCGCCACCAAGGGAGCCUUUAAACAAGCGUUCUUGAAUGCCAACCCGGUGUUGUUGGAGCCUAUCAUGACUACCGAAGUGAGUGCACCCAACGAGUUCCAAGGUUCCGUGGUUGGAUUGUUGAACAAGUUGGGAGGAAUGAUUGUGGAUACUGUCAAUGGACCUGACGAGUUUACUGUUGUUGCUGAGUGUCCCUUGAGCGACAUGUUUGGGUUCUCCACUUCAUUAAGAGCAUGUACUCAGGGUAAGGGAGAGUUUUCUAUGGAAUUCUGUAGAUACUCUCAGGUGAUGCCUAACGUUCAAAGGGACUUGAUUGCGGAGUUUGAAAAGAAACAACAGAGUAAAUAA